AUGGAUACCGCACCAAAACCCAAAUAUGUUAUGCUCUCCGACAACCACCAAGGCAGCCUCCGUCCUCCGCCCUACCGCCGUCACGUCCCGAGAUACCAUUCCAAGACACACGGCGGAGGCGGCGGCUGCGCUGGUUGUUGUUUGAAAUGCAUUUGUUGCUGUUACUGUUUCCUCUUAUUCCUCAUCUUUUCUCUGUUCGGCCUCGCCUAUGUCCUCUUCUCAUAUUACAAUCCCCAAAUCCCUUCUUACAAAGUCUCUAGUUUCAAUGUCCGUGUCUUCGACGUUAAGCCCGAUUUCAGCCUCUACACCGAAUUCAUCGUCAUCGUCACCGCCGACAACCCAAAUCAAAACAUCGACUUUGUCUACGGCAAAGACAGCUAUGUCUCUGUUCUCUACAAUCAAUCGGUGCUCUGCACCGGAGAUAUCCCCAAUUUCCGACAGCCCUCCAAGAAUGUCACCGACAUAAGCAUUUCGUUAACUGGGAAGAGCGAAUUUGGAUCUGGGCUUCAAGAGGCGCUGAUGCAGAACCGACACAGCGGCAGAAUUCCUUUGCUGGUCGUGGUGAAAGUGCCGGUCACCAUCGUUAUUGGAAGGUUGUCGUUGAAGAAGGUUAAUGUGUUCGUUAAUUGUUCGUUGAUCGUUGAUAAUUUGUCCCCCGACAAGAAGGUUGGGAUUUUGUCGAAUAAUUAUACUUACGGUGCUGCCUUGUAAACUGUAAAGCUCUGGGCAUCAUUUUACCCUUUCAUUGCUCUCAUCAUUCUUAAUCUUUUUUCUAU